UAAAGUUUUCGGAGAAUAAAAAAACUUUUACAAAUUAUGAAUUUUAGAAAUUUCUCCUUAAGUAUAUCUCUACUUUCCCCUUCAUUAUAAUAAGAAUUAUAUCAUAUUAUAAAAAUGCUCGAUCAUUCAAUGAUUAUGAAAAAAAUAUGUAGUUAUGAUCGCAAAUUAAGAGAGUAUAUUAUCGGUUUAAUCAGCAACAAUAAUGAAAUCAAUGAAGUAUCUGAAGAAAAUAAAAGUUUUUGCAAUGAAAGCAGUAAUGUUUUUGAUGAAAUAGAGAAUAAAUGGAAAACAAUAUAUGAUGAAACAUUGUUGUUACAAACUGUUCCUAUCCUUCUGCAAGGGAGUUCAAUGGAAGGUAGUUCUUUGGCACGACUAGCCAAUCCAUUUUUAAAAAGCAUUUUUGAAUUUGAAAUUGAUCUCAAUAUAGUUAUUGGGACAGUGAGUCAAGUGCAGUUUGAAUCUUGCUAUGAACCAGUGGAUCGAAAUAAAGCGUUUUUUCAUUAUGUUAUUAAAAACAGUUUGGCUAAUGAUAUCAAUUUAUGCAUAAAGUUGCCAGAAGAUAUUGAGCAGAAACUUAUUGCUUCUAUUUCUAAUUCUUCUGACCCGCUUCAAGAUAAAAAGUACUUGUCUAGUAUAGUUUUUAAAGAGUUUUUUCAUAACAGUCAACCCACAACAAAAAAUCCACUUAAAACAAUAAGUGUGAAAGGAAUCAAAGGAAUUUUCAGUGAAACAUUAAUAAAGAAAAUAGAAGGUUGUUCAGCCUUUUUAAAAUUCAGUACUGAAAAUCUUUCUAAAGACAAUGUAAUAAUGAGUCUUAUAGAGUUGGUCAACUUAAAUAAAAAACAAAUAUACAAUUUAAAUAGAAAGUUUGAUGAAUUUGAGGAAAUUAAUUGUAAUACUGUGAAAAACCUUAUUCAGUGUUUAAAUGAAGUCAAUAGACUUCAAAUAAUUCUGAUGAAAAGAAAAUGUAGUUUUACUGAUUCAUGUGACCAAAGUUUUCUCAACAAUGGAGUAAGUAUUACCAAGAAAGAUAACCAAUCAGAAUCAAUGUCUUCUAUGAUUACUAAUGAAUAUUCAUUUUCAUACGAGGAUGAGAAUAUUAGCAAGUGUAAAAAUAAUUUAUCAUUUCAGAUUGCCAGUAUCUCAAAUACUAUAAAUGAAUGGGUGAAGUGUUUAACUAUACUUAUGGAGUUACACAAUGAUAUAUAUAAGUUUUGUUUAGAUAUGAAAUCUAUUCUUCCACAGCAUUUUGUGACGUUUUUCAAAAAUGGUUCUUAUUUAAUUCCAGAUUAUUACUAUAAAGUGUUUUUUGAAAAAUUCAUACAAACAUGGUCACACAAUAAGAGCAAUAUGGAAGAAAUUUUAUUAAUGGCAAGUUCAAUUUGUCAUGCUUCAACUAUAGGUUUAAGUAACAUAACUGCUUUGAAAAAAACGUUUAGUGAAUUAAUUGAACCCGAACUAAAUUUAGCAAUUAGUUUAAUAGAAGAGAGUUUAUUUUUAUCAAAAAAUGACUUCAUUUCAACUGAAAUUCUUAUUGAUAAUGUUCCAUGCUUUUAUGCACCAUUUUGGCCUGAUGCGGCUUCGUCCUGGAUUACACGCAAUAGGUUUUGGCCCAAUUCACAACUUGUAGCAUUAAUUUGCAGAAAAGGUUUCCAUAUCGUGCCAAAAUCUUUACCAGAAGGCGACGAGAGGUUGGAAUGGCGGUUGUCUUUUUCUGCAGCAGAAUCUGUUUUGAGUCUCCAUCGAACUGAGAAACAAAACUACAUUUACUUUCUUUUCAAGUCAUUGUUUUACCAAUAUGUAAAAACAUACAGUCAUGAAAAGUCAUUACCCACAUAUAUAUGCAAAACAGUGAUGAUGUGGGCUUGUGAACAGCAGCUGCAAUCGUGGUGGGAAGAAGUAUCACCUGAGAAUGGAGUUUUAUUCUUGAUAAAAGAGUUAGUUAAAGGUAUUAAAAAAAAAGUCAUAAAACAUUACUUUAUUGAAGAAUUAAAUUUACUAGAACACUUUUCAUUUCCUAUUUUGAUUUUUACUGAGUUAAACUUGUUUAGUUUAGAAAAAAAUUUUGUUGUAAAAUUAAAUGCCUUAAUUGUAAAAAUGAAUGCAGGAAUGAAUAUUGUGCAAGCUUACCUAAAUGAGAAGCACACAACAUCAUUUGAUCUAUCUGUGCCUUUUGUUUAUGAACAAAACUGUUUAACGAAGUUGAAAUUUUUAUUCAUAAGUUCUAUUAAAAUUUUUAUUUAUAGUUAUUUUUACAAAUGUUUUUGUAUUUAUGACGAAAUCUCAGGAACAAAAGCAGAACUCACUAUUCAAGCCCAAGUCGUUGACCUUAUUACAAAAGUUUUGCAGUUUCAAGAUAAUGAAGAACUAAGAGAAUUGCACUUAACACAGUUAAAAAAAUUCAAUGAAUUGGUGUGUCGAAUAACAGCAUUGGAUAAAACUGCAUCUUUUUUUUUUUCUGGUUUAAAAUCUUUAGUUCUUCUAAGCUGUACUAAGUGUGACCUUUGCAGUAUAGACAUUAGAUGCAAUACUAAACGUUACUCCUGCUCUUUAUGUACACCUGUUGGUGGUUUUGAUGUGUGUAUAGAUUGUAUUAAUAAUAGAAAAGAUAUCCUUCAAUGGGUUCAUAUAUAUCAGGAUCAACCAGAUGAUAAUAAACCAAAUGUUAAUCUUGAAGAUACUUUAGAUAUAGCAAGCGAUGAGUCACUUGAUUUAAAUCAUACAAUAAAUAAACAAACUAAUAAUGUUGCAGAACAAAAAAAUAAAGAUUGUCUUUUUUCUGAUUUAUUUUCUCAUACUAAGAAUAUAAAAAUUAUCAUUCCUCAGUUUGAUAUUGAAAAAUUCAAUAAUUUUUCUGAAACCCCCUCUUAUGAAACAAAGUUAGGGCUUGCUUUCCAAAAUUUAAAUCAGCAAUAUCAAGACAGAACUAACAUUAUUGUAAAAGAAGCUAAAGACAUGUCAUCUGUUUACGAAUCAGAACCAGUUUCGUUUAUAGAAAAUAUUUGUACUCAGUUUAUUUAUAAAUUUGAAAAUAACGUUAUUCAGAAGCCUGUAUCUAUUUUAAGCAGAUGUAAUUUUGGCAAUGAAAUCCAUGAACUUUAUCUGAAAGAUUGUGAUUCACCCAGAUGUGCAUCGAUGUUUUAUGACCCUCCCUCAGAUUUAUCUUACUGGAAAUCAAUCCUAGUGUUAAAAAAUUACUGUGCAAAUAAUUAUUACAAAACUGCAAUCAAAUGUGUUCCUUUAAAACGCAUUAUCAGUUUACGUCAUGAAUCACCUGGAGAAGUUAUAAGGACAACUGAUUUUUUUAAUAAUCUAGUUUUAGGCAAUGUUAAUACUUUUGAUAUUAAUAGUAAAUCUUUUGAAAAGGAACGUUCUACUGAAAUUUUAUCAGAUGCAACAGAAAUGUUAGAUAAAAAGUUCUCCCAGUUUAUUGAAUCUUUGAGAAUAGAAGAGAAGUUGAUUUUAAAUUUAAUAUGGUUGAUUCAGAUUAUUGAACACAUUGAACCUUAAUUAUAGUAACUGGAAAGAUUCCAUAAUUACCUUAUUUUUUGUAACAUUCCUCAAAAUUGAAGAAAAAGA